AGACAGCCCAUGGGGCCACUCAAAGCUAAACUUUUUUUUUUCACGGAAGGCGGGAUCUAGUUAAUCAACAAACAUUCGGCCUGGCUAACUGCUAAAGCAAGUUAAUAUUGUAAGACCAAUCAUGGCCCAGAUGCAAGAGCUGGCUGCGGCGUAGCUGGUAGGGUAGGUUGAGGCGGCAGCCGACCAUUAUUAAAGAAUCUGGGCGACUUAAGAGACAGGAAGAUUUAAAGAGACAGCGAGAUUAUUAAAAAUUGAUAAAAUUCUUUGGUAUUUUUACGCGAACUGGAGUAUUCUCAAGGACGCCGCCCCUUGAAGUUUUAAACUGUUUUCCUACAACACCACCGCCUAUAGCUUCUGGGUUCGGCGGUAGUUGCUGCAGUCGGUACUAUAGGAAUUGUUCCCAUUUUUCAUCUUUUCUUAAUGUGGCUUCUGUCAUGAGUCCGGCCGGGUGCUCCCAUGUGAAUAGCUUUAAGGUGGAUAAUUGGAAACAGAACUUGCGAGUCAUCUAUCAGUGUUUCGUGUGGAGUGGGACUGCUGAGACCAGGAAACGCAAGAUUGUAGAGGAAGAACAUUCUCGUUGGAUCACAGGAAGCUGUGCUAGGGAAGUAAGCCACGGGUCUAGUGAAGGGUGUACAAAUUUUAAGGCCAAAUCCUGCAUCUGUCACAUGUGUGGUGCCCAUCUGAACAGAUUGCACUCUUGCCUUUACUGUGUAUUUUUUGGGUGCUUUACAAAGAAACACAUUCACGAGCACGCAAAGACAAAACGCCACAACUUAGGCAUCGUGCUUUGUUGUUACUCCACUUUUGUACUAGUGCUACCAGUUGAAGCCAUUGACCUUUUGUAUGGGGGUAUAUACUGCUUCAUGUGUCAAGACUACAUAUACGACAAAGACAUGGAACAAAUUGCCAAAGAAGAGCAAAGAAAAGCAUGGAAAUUACAAGGUAUCGGUGAGAAGUAUUCAACAUGGGAGCCAACAAAAAGAGAGCUGGAGUUAUUACGGCACAACCCCAAACGAAGAAAAAUAACUACAAAUUGCACUAUAGGUCUUCGAGGGCUAAUAAACCUAGGGAACACAUGUUUUAUGAACUGUAUUGUGCAGGCACUCACCCACACACCGUUGCUCAGAGAUUUCUUCCUGUCUGAUAGACACAAAUGUGAAAUGCAGAGUCCUAGCUCGUGUCUGGUCUGUGAAAUGUCUACACUGUUCCAGGAGUUCUACUCAGGACAUCGGUCGCCACACAUUCCCUAUAGGUUACUACAUUUAGUAUGGACACAUGCACGGCAUUUAGCAGGGUAUGAGCAGCAAGAUGCACAUGAGUUCCUUAUUGCUGCAUUAGAUGUGUUGCACAGGCAUUGUAAAGGAGAUGACAAUGGGAAGAAGGCCAACAACCCUAAUCACUGUAACUGUAUCAUAGACCAAAUCUUCACAGGUGGACUACAGUCAGACGUCACAUGCCAAGUCUGUCAUGGUGUUUCCACGACGAUAGACCCUUUCUGGGAUAUCAGUUUAGACCUGCCUGGCUCCUCCACCCCGUUCUGGCCCCUGAGCCCUGGGAGCGAUGGCAGCGUGGUGAACGGGGAAAGCCACAUUUCAGGAACCACCACACUUACAGACUGCCUACGCAGGUUUACAAGGCCAGAACAUUUAGGAAGCAGUGCCAAAAUUAAAUGCAGCGGUUGCCAUAGUUACCAAGAAUCUACCAAACAGUUAACCAUGAAGAAACUACCUAUUGUUGCAUGUUUUCAUCUCAAACGGUUUGAACACUCUGCCAAGCUAAGGCGGAAGAUAACCACAUAUGUUUCCUUUCCCUUGGAAUUGGAUAUGACACCAUUCAUGGCUUCCAGUAAGGAGAGCAGAAUGAAUGGGCAGUAUCAGCAGCCGUCAGACAGUCUAAACAAUGACAACAAGUAUUCCUUGUUUGCAGUAGUUAACCAUCAAGGCACCUUAGAGAGUGGGCACUAUACAAGCUUCAUCCGGCAGCACAAAGAUCAGUGGUUCAAAUGUGAUGAUGCCAUCAUUACCAAGGCUAGCAUUAAGGAUGUUUUAGACAGUGAAGGGUAUCUGCUGUUCUAUCAUAAGCAGUUCCUUGAAUACGAGUAGCAUUGCUCAUCUAGGUCAUCAGACAAGGCUGUAAUGACAUUAACUUACCUACUUGAAAUUUGCAACAGUAAAACAACAAAAAGACAAACUUAAAAACAGUCAGCACUGAGCUCCAACAGGACCUACUUGAAACUGGCUUUGGUCUAGCGGAGUGAGGAGUGGACAAGUCGGACGUGCAUCCAGCUCCUUGAGUGGAGCUAACUAAGGGAAGAGACUGCUACCAAUACCUUGAGACAAAGAAGAAAGAAGGAUCAGGCCAGCCUCUCCGCUGUCACAGCGCCGCAUGUUCCUCCGAAGUGUGGGAAGGAGUAUACACAUCUCCACAAGCAUCUUUUUCCAUGGAUGCUUCUGCUCCAACUGACCAAUCAUGUAUAUCAGUAAUACAUAAGUCCAGUCCAUUCUUUUUCAUACAUUUGUAUUUCAAAGUGAGGAGGAGGUGGACGGUAUUAAGAGGGGGAAAAGACUUUGCAAGUAUCUUUUUAUUUGUGAGUUUAGUUCUUAAAUGCAGUAUGAAGUUAGUCGGGUUUAUAUAUACAUAUAUAGAAUGUGUAUGUAUAUGUAAGCCAUCAAUUGGGAAACUCAAAAUGAAGUACUGAGACUGGUUUUCAGUAUAUAUACUGUAUAACAGAGUGCCGAUGGACUGCCUAUUGGAACAGGAUAGAUUAUAUUCUGUUUGGGCCAUUUUUUUUUUAUUCAUAGCUGUGUUUUUGUUUGUUUUUGUUUCUUUAUUCUCUGUCAUGAGAAUGAAAUUCCUAAAUGCAACCAUCAGUAAAACUGUGAAAUGGAACAUG